GCGUGAGGAACGGGAACAGCUUUACGCAUCGACGCUGGCUCGGAGAUCCCGGAAGCGUGCCCGCUUUGUUUACAUUCUGCUCUUUGUUCGGGGGGCAAUUCCUACAAAAAAUGUCCAAAAAAAGAUGCACGAGCGCGGAGAACCGGAGGCUGCGCGCGCUGAUUGACCAGCAGCUGGCGGCGGCGGCGGAGGAGAUUUUCAGGCUGCUGAAGGAGCGCGGGGAUGCGGCCACGGAGGAGCUGAAGGAGCGGCUCACCGAACUCAUCGCCGCCGCUGUGGAACACAUCUUCACAGGGUUCAGAGAGAGCAGAGCGGCCGAGGGAGGAGCGAAGGAGCCCGAGUUGUGUCUGUCCGUCGGUCUCAGGAGUCUGAAGCAGAACUUCUCUGUGGUCGACAGACUGAAGGAACCUUCGCCUGGCUCCUCCUCCAAACACCAGGAUGUUUCUGAACCAGACCACGGAGUGGCCCCUCCAGAUGAUCAGUCAGGUGAGGAGGAAGACGAGGAGGAAGAAGAGCUAACACCCCACUGCUGCAGAGUGUGCGGGAAAUCUUUCGACAGGAAAGGUUUCUUAAUGAAGCACGUAGAAAAACAUUUGAAGGAGGCGGAGUUUCAGUGCGGUCUGUGCGGCGAGUUUUUGGAGUCCAGUGACGGACUGAGGCUGCACCUUCAGACGCACCGCGACAGCAGCCGCACCUGCAACAUAUGCGGGAAGAAGUUUCCCUCAAUCCGAGCGCAGGAGACGCACCUGAGGCUGCACACCGGAGAGAAACCGUUCAGCUGCUACGUCUGCGGUAAAGGCUUCAAUCAGAAAGGUAACAUGGUGACGCACAUGAGGACCCACACAGCGGAGAAACCCUUCAGCUGCUCCGUCUGUCAGAAAGAGUUCAGCCACACUGGCUCCCUGGAGCGACAUAUGAAGGCCCACGACGGACAGACACCAUUCAUCUGCAAAGUCUGUGGCUCAGGCUUCAGCAAGAGCACCGAGCUCAGGAGACACGCCCGCAGCCAUGAGCCUGACAACUCUGUAGCUGUCAGGAGCAGAUGUAGGAAGGCGAGCCUGGCGCCUUCUCAUCACUGCAGCGUCUGUGGAAGCGCCUUUCACAACAGAGGGAACUUUGUGCGGCAUGCGGAAACUCAUCUAAAUGAUCCAGAGUGUCGUUGUGGCGUCUGUGGGGAGCAGUCAGAGUCCUCAGAGAAUCUGCAGCUUCACAUCCAGAGCCACAGAGAGAGCAGCCGGGUCUGUGACAUUUGUGGAAUCAGCUUCAGGGACAUGGAGAUCCACAGGAGGACGCACACCGGACAGAAACCAUUCAGCUGCAAAGACUGUGGGAAAGACUUCCCCAGGAAAGGCUCUCUGGAGAGACACAUGAAGCUACACGCCGGUGACCGGCCGUACAUCUGUGAGUUCUGCGGGAAGACCUUUGUGGAAAACACGGUCCUGAAGAGACACAUCAAGAGCCACACGGGGGGGAAACCCCGGAUUUACUCCUGUGACAUCUGUGGGAAGAAGUUCACCAUGAGCCAGCACCUGGAUGUGCACAAGAGGAUCCACACCGGGGAGAAACCAUACUCCUGCAGAGUCUGUGGGAAAAACUUCCGACAGAUCGGUAACCUGGACUCACACAUGAGGAUCCACACGGGUGAGAAGCCGUUCAUCUGCAGCCUCUGUGGGAAGAGGUUCCGCCAGAAGAUCUCGCUGGAGACACACGAGCGCUUCCACAAGAAGGAGAAAGCGUUCAGCUGCCAGCUCUGCAGCAAAGCCUUCGUCCAGAAGAUCGAUCUAAAGAGACACAUGCUUACGCACACAGGGGAGAAACCGUACAGCUGCCCCAUCUGUGGGAAGAGCUACCAGGAGAAACGCUCUGUGGGCUCUCACAUGAAGGUUCAUGUUGGAGAACGAGCCACCAAAGACCCAGCUGUGAGUCCAAACCUGAAGGGACAAGAGGGAGUCCAGGCCCAGUUCAUCCAACUCUACAGUAAAGGUCAUAAGCUCCGCCUCCUCGAUGUUAACAGAUGGGACAUGGAUCAAAGAUCAGAGCAGUCUGUUCCGCCUCCCGCACAGCAGGGCUCGCUGUUCGUCCCUGCGCUUCGCUCCGCUGAAAGCGAACCGUCGUCGACGCGGAACUCGGUGUGUUUACGUCUCGUCCAGUCCGGUGUCCGGUCCCCGCCGCUGGCUGUCUUUGUUGGCAGAAAAAGGAGCAGGAUGUGCAGGCUGCAGCUGCUGCGGGUGUCGAUCCAGGAGCGGAUGAGCGCCACCGCUGAAGCCUUCAUGCUGCAGCUGGAAGAAGAAGAAGAAGCGGCUGAGAUACCGGCGCUGAGGACGCUGCUCACCGAGCGGCUAACGGUGGCCGCGGAGGAGAUCGUCGAUCUGUUUAAGGAAACCGUGGCGGAGUACGAAGAGCGCGUGGAGCGGUCAGAGCGGGAGAUCUGCCGCCAGAGGAGGCUGCUCGAUGCCGUGCUGAAGCCCGAAGUCAGGCUGCACAGAGCAGAACUUCCUGCAGACAUCCAGCAGCUGUUGGGGAGUAAAGAAGAACAGCAAGAGUGGAGCCCCAGUCUGGACCAGGAGGACCCUAAGCCCCCACACAUUAAAGAAGAACAGGAGGAACUGUGGAGCAGUCAGGAGGAAGAGCAGCUUCAAGGACUGGAGGAGGCUGAUACCACCAAGUUCCCCUUCACUCCUGUCUCUGUGAAGAGUGAAGAUGAUGAAGAGGAAGAGGAAGCUCAGUCCUCACAGCUUCAUCAGAGACAAACUGAGCAGAUGGAGACAGGAGUUGAUGGAGAGGACUGUGGAGGAGCAGAACCAGAAAUGGAGACACAUUUAGGACCUGUGAGUGAAGACAACUCUGUGGAUUCCACUGAGACUGACGACAGCGAUUUAAACUGGACUCAAACGAGCGGUCAGUCGGGCUCUGACGGUCAGAAACACAGUGAAACUCCUGAGAGCGAUGUUGGAUCUCCAGGGAAGGAGCGACCCUUCCCGUGCUCUUAUUGUGGAAAAAGAUUCAGUCUGAAGGGGAACCUGAACAGGCACAUCAGAGACCACACAGGAGAGAGACCGUUCCCCUGCACUGGCUGUGAAAAAUCUUUUAAAGACAGCGGAUCUCUAACGGCUCACAUGAGGUGUCACACUGGAGAGCAGCCGUACAGCUGCUUGUUCUGUGGGAAGAACUUCAGCGGGCGGGGAAAUAUGACCCGACACAUGAGGAUCCACACCGGAGAGAAGCCCUUCACUUGCUCGCUCUGCAGUAAAAGUUUUCAUGUCAAAGAACACCUGAACAGACACAUGAAGUACCACACUGGGGAGAAGCCGUUCAGCUGCUCCAUCUGUGGGAAAGGUUGUGCUCAGAAAACAGACCUGAAGAAACACAUGAGGGUUCACACGGGAGAGAAACCAUUCAGUUGUCCGUUUUGUGGGAAGUGCUGUGCUGAAAAAGGAGACCUAACCAAACAUAUGAGGGUUCAUACCGGAGAGAAACCAUUCAGCUGCAACAUAUGCGGGAAAAGUUGUGCUCAAAAGGGGAGCCUGAAGAUUCACAUGAGAGUUCACACGGGAGAGAAACCAUUCAGCUGCUUGGUCUGUGGGAAACGUUUCACUGUGACUGGACAUCUGAAGAGGCACAUGAAGCUUCACACGGUGGCAGACAGUCAGGAGGCAGAGCCAACAGAUACCGGUUCAGACAAAGGACAACAGGAAAGAACAGGAACUGUUGAACUGAUUCAGACGUAGUGAUGGUUAGGUUAUCGGGAGGGAGGAUUAACCCUCCAAUCAGAGAGCUUGUGUUCAAAAUGCUUCUCAGAAUGUCACCUGUCAAUCAUAAUGUCAGUGAUGUAAAUGUUCAAUAAUACAUUAAUCAGUCCCUCCAGGAAGUUGCGAUGUCGCGAUCGCAACAAUUAACGCAAAUUCAACCAAUCCCCAUGAAUUCUGGGCGACCUUGCAGUUUUGUCCAAUCACCGCAACCUUUCUGCAAAUUUGACCAACCAUAGCAGUCCCCCGGCGAAAACGGCGAGCCAUAUGUCACCAAAGUUUGGUGACCAUUGACCAAACUCACUUCCUUGUUUACAUGCAGAUGCAGACAUGUCCGACACAAACGUCGCACAUUUACCUAAAAAAAUAACAGCUGAGGACCGUGCAAGGCAAUUCCCCGAGGCUCUGCACGGAAGCAGGGUUAAACUUUUUUGCACGCUGUGCAACGUUGUGGUUGAACACUAACGGAAGUCAUCGAUCUUCCGCAAAACACACCAGGAGAAUGACUGAAACGGGCGGACAACAUACAAGACAAAUCACAGUGACUGUGUGUGUGUGUGUGUGGUAAUUUAAGUAGUUAGGAAUACACAGUCAUAAAAUGUGUGUUUUAAAAGAUGAAGGCAAAAUAUAAAUUUGGAUGUGUAAUGAAAUCAGAUGAAGUGUGAGUGUAUGUGUGAGUGUGUGUGAGAGAGAGACGUCACUGAGUGAGGCAGAGGAAUAUGUAACUUCACAAAGCUAAUGGCUCUGCUCAGGUUAAAAAUAUAGGCAUCACUCAAUCACAUCGAAGUGUGUGUAAGAAAAUAAUAAAAAGUCUAGAUUGUUUUACAUAAAAAAAAUCGGAACUAGUGUUGCAAUUUUCGCUUCAUGCUACAAUUUAAUUGCAAAAGAACGUCUAAAAACAUCGCAAUUUGCAUUGCAAUUUUUUUGAAAAGCUGCCGUGAAAUCAGGCAUUUUAGGCCGCAACAAUCCCCCAAAAAGUCUGCAAAAUCCUGGAGGGACUGAUUAAUUCAUAAUGUUGAAUGUGAAGAUGGGAGGAGGAACAUCCUGAGAACAUGCGGGGGUCUGAAGGUGGAACUCAUCUAUAAACAAUGAUGUCCGCUUUUAUCACAAGCUCUGUCGUGUUGAUGAAACAAAGAUGGUCGCUGCUGCGGAGGUGUUUUUUCACAUUGCUGCUUCUGCUAUCUGAGAGCGUGGUCGACCUGUGAAGCAGACGACACCCUGUUCCUCUCGAACUGGAUCAUCUAAAAAAAGGUGAGCCUCCGAAAGACUACCCACACAGGUAGAUCGUCCCCGCCCUCUAAAACGACCAUCAGGAGCGUCUCCUGAGUCAGUGCUGCUACAUGUAAACACUGUGAGACAUGACACUGUGCGUCAUGCAUCAGGUAGAUUAAGAGUUCUAACAACUUCAGCCUGACGUGUCCUGAUCGGCCGUAUUUAAAGAGAAACUGAUAACGGUGACGUAACAGUUAAUUGUCCAUUCUUUGUCCUUCAGUUCCAGGAUGUUCCAUUACCUGACCCACAAUCCUUUGCAGCAAAGGAAACUCUGAAUUUAACCAUUUAAAUCAUGAGAGAAAUAUUUCAUGUGAUGUUAGUGUCUACGAUCAUGUUACACCACUACGCUCUGACAUCAUGGCCCUGUUAGGUGAGCUCGGUGAAUCACCAUGGCAACAGUGUGUCCACUUGUUGUGCUUCACUCGGAGACGGAUGUGAUGAAGCAGAAGUGUUUCCUACUGUUUUUAUGAUACCAGAAUGUUCUUGUUGACAAUAGUCAAAUUAUUGAUUAAUUGAUUUCACUUUUUAACAGGAGAUCAAAUAAAUGUGAUCAGAAGA